ACUGUUACCCGGGGCGGAGACUGUUACGUCAUCACUCCUCCUCACUUUGCACAACGGAGACUGCAGAAACGCGGGCACCUUCACUGGAAGACUACUUUUAUCUUCUCUCAACAUCUUCUACAAGACAUCAUGCGUGAGUGCAUUUCUAUCCAUGUUGGUCAGGCUGGAGUCCAGAUUGGCAAUUCCUGCUGGGAAUUGUACUGCCUGGAACAUGGGAUCCAGCCUGAUGGACAGAUGCCCAGUGACAAGACAAUUGGGGGUGGAGAUGAUUCCUUCAACACCUUUUUCAGUGAGACUGGAGCUGGAAAACACGUCCCCAGGGCCGUUUUUGUGGACCUGGAGCCCACAGUCAUUGAUGAGGUGCGCACUGGAUCCUACCGCCAGUUGUUCCACCCUGAGCAGCUGAUCACUGGCAAAGAGGACGCUGCGAACAACUAUGCUCGUGGUCACUACACCAUUGGCAAGGAGAUAAUUGACUUGGUGCUGGACAGGAUCCGCAAACUGGCCGACCAGUGCACCGGUCUCCAGGGUUUCCUGGUGUUCCACAGCUUCGGAGGUGGCACUGGCUCUGGCUUCACCUCUCUUCUGAUGGAGCGACUCUCUGUAGACUAUGGCAAGAAGUCCAAGCUGGAGUUCUCCAUCUACCCAGCUCCCCAGGUUUCUACCGCUGUGGUGGAGCCCUACAACUCUAUCCUGACCACCCACACCACACUUGAGCACUCCGACUGUGCUUUUAUGGUGGAUAAUGAGGCCAUUUACGAUAUUUGCAGAAGGAACCUCGACAUUGAGCGUCCAAGUUAUACCAACCUGAACAGGUUGAUCAGUCAGAUCGUCUCCUCCAUCACAGCUUCCCUUCGUUUCGACGGCGCCCUUAAUGUUGAUCUGACAGAAUUUCAGACCAACUUGGUGCCAUAUCCUCGCAUCCACUUCCCUCUGGCCACCUACGCCCCGGUCAUUUCGGCCGAGAAGGCGUAUCACGAGCAGCUGUCGGUGUCGGAAAUCACCAACGCCUGCUUCGAGCCGGCCAAUCAGAUGGUGAAGUGCGACCCUCGUCACGGCAAAUACAUGGCGUGCUGCCUUUUGUACCGUGGCGACGUGGUUCCAAAAGAUGUCAACGCUGCCAUCGCCUCCAUCAAAACCAAGCGGUCCAUCCAGUUUGUGGAUUGGUGCCCGACUGGUUUCAAGGUGGGCAUUAACUACCAGCCACCCACUGUGGUUCCUGGUGGAGACCUGGCCAAGGUCCAGAGGGCCGUGUGCAUGUUGAGCAACACCACCGCUGUUGCGGAGGCGUGGGCUCGACUCGACCACAAGUUUGAUCUGAUGUACGCCAAGCGCGCCUUCGUGCACUGGUACGUGGGCGAAGGCAUGGAGGAGGGUGAAUUCUCUGAGGCCAGAGAAGACAUGGCAGCACUUGAGAAAGAUUAUGAAGAAGUUGGAGUCGACUCCGUUGAGGGUGAAGACGAGGAAGGAGAGGAGUAAAAAUGCACUGUGGUGCAGGUUAACCGGUUAUGUGGAAUUAAGGGUCUAAUGCAUUUCAAAAUAAACCCCUGCUCUAAAUAA